AUCCCAGUACCUAUAAAUAAUUUAAUUAUAUAGGUUACGGCACUUAAUGAUUAUAAAUAAAUUAGUAAUAAGUUAAUUAUUACAGUGGUAAUAAACAUGUGAAUUCGCAACAAUAUAAUAGUAACAUGGAUACCCGGCAAACAUUCGGGUAUUCAACCAAAGCGGCUCUCGUUCAACUCCGAGAUGGAAUCCGUAGUGUUAUCGAGGAGCACAAACAGAAUAAUCAGACCGGAUAUGGAUUCAUCAAAAAUAUUAUAUCAUUUUCUUCGGAGAAGGUGUUGUUGUCCGGAGUGGCUUACACAACAACAUUACUAUACAUAAUCUGCCUUAUUUUGACAUUUUUUCUUGGAGACUAUGUGAAAGCUGAUGGCUAUUUACUAUUGGAGGCUCUGUUCCUUUUUGUGAUACUGAUAAUAAACUUUUUGGUGGCACUUAAUGAGGAAUAUUUAUAUAGAAAUGAAAUACCUCAUAGAGUUAAGAAAGUUCUAGAAACACUGGAUGAUGCCAUAGAUAGGUCAAUAUGGAAGGAAGGGCAUUACCCCCACUUGUGUGCCCCAUUCUCUCCAUGCGUCAUACUGCAAUGGACUUACAGAGAUGGUAUGGUGGUGAAUCUCCCAUGGUCGCUGCUGGUGGAAAGCGACAUCGUGGUGCUGAGGCCCGGGCAGGAGGUGCCGGGGCACUGCCGCGGGCUGGACCCUGAUGACCCGGAGCUGUUCUUUGGACAGACCUUUCAGCCUAGCUCACAGUACAAGGAGAACUUCAGUACGCCACGCGUACGCGAGCCGCACCAGAACCGCUCGUACCGAAUGUGCGAGACGCCCUUCCUGAAGAACCUCCGCCUGGCUUUGGAGCAGGCCACGUGUCGGCCACGUACCGUCUUUGAGAAACAGAGGUACCUGUGCACAGUGAAAAUCAUGGAGGGCAUAGCACUGCCCCUAGUAAUACUGCUGGUUGUGGUGGCGUCCUUCGUGCGUCACGUGUACCAGCUGCCCGGCGUCACGCACUGGACAGAGGUGUACUUUUUGCAAACCGUGGCGGCGUCGCUGCCACUCCUGCAGAUCAUAUUCCCCGUCGUGUGGGUCGCCCUCAACUGCUACGGGAUGGCGCGGUUUAAACUGCUCUCUGAAACCCGUCAAAAGUACGUCCGUACGAAAUCCUGCUCGAUAUCCGAGGAUGCCAGCGACCCCCUUAUUCAAGCACUCAGCGAAUCCAACUUGAAGCCAGAGAGUCUCAAGUCUCUGUGGAAGACUUUCUAUAACAUCCUGAGGGGGAGAGAGGACAUGGUUGUGCGGACAGCGAAUAUUGUGCACGUGUUGGGGUCUUUGUCGGCCCUAUGCUGCGUGGACAAGAAAGGCAUCCUUUCCUGGCCGAACCCGACAGCGGAGAAGGUGUUUUUCCUGCGCCACUCCAGCUCCGCGUCCACCGCGUCCAGCAAGACCAGCCUGGCGGGAUCCAUGCGACAGAGCCAGACCAACCUCGACCAGGAGACGAAACAGAACGAACCGUCCACCAUCGUUGAGGUUCUGGACCUAACCCACGACCAGAACGCGCCGUUCAGCGUGGAGUUCGACGACCAGCGCUGGCGGCAGCACCUGGCGCGGCUCAAGCCGCUGGGGCUGGCCGCGCUGCUCAACACGUGCGCGCCCGCGCCCAGGCACACGUACGCGCACUUCUGUGCGCAUCUCACGUGCGAGGCGCAGUACAGCGAGGAUCUAGUUCCGGUAACUAACCGCCGUUGUCUCUGCGAACUGGCGAAGCAAAUAGGAUUCACGGAGUCUGUGGAGGAUUCCUACAACAUUCAAGAGUGUUUGCCUAUCUUCAGGCAUUUACAAGCGGACACUAUACGUCGCGAGACGCGUUUCGUGCGUUCCCUACACCUGAGCACGCGCGUCAAGGUGCCCCUUCCACACAUGCUCGCAGUCGUCGUCAAGGAUCAGGCCAACCAGCUGCAGAUGCUCACACAAGGCACAGCAGACAUUAUACUAGACUCGUGCGUGGAUUACUGGAAUGGGCGGGACUUGACGCCAAUCUCCCCGUCUGACCGCAAGAAGAUCAUCGAUUUCUACCAGCGCAAUUCGCUCACGGCCUACUGUACUGCUUUUGCUUACAAACCAUUGACCCGCGGCAUAUCGCCGACCCUGUCACGCAUGUACCUGGAACUGCCGGCGGACAGUCGGCAGUUAUAUGCGCCCCAUUCCCAACAGUGGGCAGAUGCUCCCGCUCUACAUUUUCACUCCACCGAUUCGUUAUUAUUCAACGAGGUGACAGAUGACGACGUAAUUGAUGCUGAUGGAUAUUUCGACAUGCAAUGCAAUCAGGUAUUUAUAGGCAUGGUAACGAUGCAAUACCAAGCCCAAUCCGACAUGGUGGAGCUGAUCGAGCGGCUCGAACGAGCCUGCAUCCGCUUCGUACACUUCAGUAAAGAGAACGAACUACGUUCCAGAGUAUUUAGCGAGAAGAUGGGCUUGGAAUCCGGGUGGAAUUGCCACAUAUCGCUCAUCAGCGGGGAGACGCCGAGCCGAACCGCGUCUCCGCUGUCCUCGCAGACCCUCGUCCGCCCGAGGCCCCUCCAAAGGGCCGUCGACACUUGUGACGCGGUCAGGCUCGGCUUUUAUAAUAGCACUAAUAUGGCAGCUUCAAAGGCACUAUCCAUGUCGGCCCCUGGAGCUAUAAACCUGGACCAUAGCACCGUUAAAUUCGACAGCGAAAUCAAAAAAGCCAGGCAUUCUAUCACCACACACACUGGGCUCAAGUUCCAACGCAGCAGUAUAGCGACAUCGCACCCGUCAGCAGACUCGCUGCUCGACUCGGACUCGCCGGCCGACGCGUGCCGCUCGCUGUCCUGCCUCACCGACUCCACCGACCACUCGGCGCCCGUCAACUUCGACAUGAGCAACCGUGCAAAACUUCCUCGCGGCAUCGACGCCAUCCGCCCCCACAUAGAACAAGUGGACAACGUACCGCUUCUCGUGUCACUGUUCACGGACUGCUCAGCGCGCUCAGUACAAAUGAUGAUACAGAUCAUGCAGGAUUACGGCGAAGUUGUUUGCGUAAUGGGUUCUGCGGCCAACUGUCUAAACAUGGAAAUUUUCAUGCAAGCGGAUGCUAGUAUCGCUGUGGAGCCACUGUAUCCAGUGCUGUGUCAGAAGAUGCCGCCGUACCAAGUGCCUGAGGCCUGCAUAGGGCCUAUCGACCUGGCGCGGGCUCUCAACUCCGUGCCCUGCUCAUUGUCGUUACAAAACAAAUGGCAAAACCAGCCGUUUAACAAGUACUGCAGCAAACAGAUGACGCGUGACGCGGACGUGUCCCUGUUCACGUUGAUCACGAUGUCGCGCCACUUCACCUCCUGCCUGUGGAACUCCACGCAGUUCUGGAUGUGUGCUGUGUGCUUCAUAUCUGUCCUGCAGGUCGGGUCCCUAUACGCGUUCCUGCCACUAGUAUUGAGCGCGGGCGGCGCGGCACUGAGCAGCGUGGCCGCGGCUCUGCUCGGGACGGCGUUGGCGUUCGCGCCCGUCGACGCUGCGGUCAUGCAGCGCGCCGCCACGAGACCGCAGCUCGCGGCGCACAAACGGAUGAUCCUAUUCGUAUUCUGGUGCUACGCAUGCAAAUUCCUCCCCUCCGUCAUCUCCAUACUAGUGCUCUAUGGAUUCACACUGAGAUCGUUCUGCGAGCAAAUAUCCGAAGCAACCAACGCGACAGCCUGCUGGAUCGUGUAUCCAAUCAACGUUGGCAACUAUUCUGAAGCCCACGACUUGACCAGGAAGAGCUGGCACGGCUGGGGCGACGACUUCUACGACGGGUUCUAUCUGGCGCAGCACAUCACACUAGCAUUGCUCACCUCGCAUUUAAUUGUAAUAUCGUUGUCUUUCAUACAUCGACAAUCUUCCAUUUGGCAGCGUUGCUUCUGGAGCAACAAAGUGUGGUCCGUCGCCGUGCUCGUUCUAAUACUCCUCCAAGCUGCCAUAAGCCUGUUCAUGCUGCGACGCAACUACGGCUCCUGUGAGAACUGGGAGCUAUGCUCGUUGCGCUACCACGUUCCUUGGCGGCUGGCGCUCGGCUACGGAGGCUCGAUUCUCGCCGUGUUCGCGCUUAACGAGCUCAUCAAGUGGCAGGAAAUCAAGGCCGACGUGCGAAAUCAAAGACGAGCCCGAUUGGACUUCGGGACGAAACUGGGCAUGAACUCUCCUUUCUAGUCAAUUUUACUAAUAUUUGUGAACGUUUUUCGUGUUUUGGCUCGGGGCCACUAAAGCCAACCACCGGUCGGUUGGCAACCCGAGCCCUGACGAGGCCUAAGCUGCUGAAACUGUUUUAAGUUAAGGAAAAGUGACAUAGUACUUAUUAAUUAUUUAUAUUGCGCUCUAUUUUGUACUUACUGUUUUACAGUACGCUGUUUUUGAUAAACAUACAAAUUAUUACAAUAAAUAUUUCCAACAUAAA